UUUCUACGCAGUCUGAAUAGCAUCUCACUCACACACGCUCCCCCCUCCCCCAUUCUCUCUUGUCAUACGGGCUACUUGUAAUCAAACACACUGCCUCAAAUAAUGGGGUCCAACACGAGGGCAUCGUCCAAGGGGACCUAUCCCCUGGUCAAACUUCCCUACCCAUUCCUGACGACAUACCGAGUGCAAAAGAUUGAAGAUUCAACGCCCAGGCUUGUCCUGACCUUGGAAGACCAGCCAGCAAAUGGACGCGCCCUGCCACAACCCCUGCACUCGGACGCGCUCUCCUUCUUCGACCUCACAUAUCCCGGCGAAAACGAGUGCCCGCCCAUCGCAGAGAACAACCCAUGGGCGCGAGCACGCCGCGCGCCCUCGACCGUCUUUCAGUGGACUGGCGCCAGCCCGCCCUCGCUGGACCAGAUCUGGAACGUCGUCCACGCAAUCUACCUCGCCCACCCGGCCAAUGAAUACUUCAGGCUAUCCCUGGCCGGCGAGGGCCAGGAAGUCCUCCGGAAUGAACUGCUCUGCACGGGGCUAGGAGUUGAGCAUCCAAAACCAAGGCUGGCCAAGGACAAGGCAGAUCCGCAGCCGGGAGAGGGCGAACUGCUCGUGCUGCGGAGCUCCUUCUGGCAGGGCGCAGCCUCGCCCACAGGGCCACGGCCUAUCUGGGUGGCGGGCGACGGCACAGACGGGCCCCUGAGGAAGUCUCUGGCGCAGUACCCGCUCAUGCCGGAGAACUACACCAUCACCAACAAGUUUCCCGACGAGCCUGUAUACACGCGCCACCCUGUGCGCCGGCCCAAGCCGCACCCAGGCUCCAUCGUGUACAGCCGCUGGAUCCCCGAGACGGGAGCGCACUUCUCCCUCGAGGCGGUCGACUGGCAGAACCAGGAGCACCUGAAGCUCUUCAACACGUGGCAGAACGACCCGCGCGUGGCCAAGGGCUGGAACGAAACAGGCACGCUAGACCAGCACAGAGAGUAUCUUCGCAAGCUGCACUUUGACCCGCAUGUGCUGUGUCUCUUUGGCCGCUUUGACGACACUCGAUUUGCUUAUUAUGAGCUCUACUGGGCAAAGGAGGAUCAUUAUGGCGCACACUAUGACGCUGGUGAUUACGACCGAGGCCGCCACUCCCUAGUAGGCGACGCCUCCUUCCGCGGCGCCAUGCGUGUCAACGCCUGGUACUCGAGCUGCAUCCACUACUGUUUCCUCGACGACCCCCGCACGGUGAAUGUGGUGGGCGAACCCAAGGCCGCGGGCGCCAUCAUCCUCUCCUACGAGAACGCUCAGGGCCUUACAAUCGGCAAGUACGUUGACUUUGCCCACAAGCGGUCGGUCCACUCCGUCUGCAGCAGGGAGAAGUGGUUCCAGCUUUGCCCGCUGUUCUGGGACGGAAGGGAGAGGCCGCUGGAGUCGGCGGAUCGCGCGGCCUGGAAUGCCAAGCUCUGAAUUGAUUGCCAUUAAGUGCUGAGAAGGAUGACGGUGGGCGUUUAGAAUUUGCAUUAUGAAAGGGGACACAGACAAACAAAAAAUAAUGAACGGCUCAACCUCGUGGGCGAGGCUCAGUUGGGGGUGUGUUUGUGUGUUUGUGUGUAUAUAGUAAGUUUGUGUAUAUGGUGCAAUAUGUACAGCAAAUAGGGAGCCUCCUUUGGUGCAUCAUC